GAGAGAGAGAGAGAGAGAGAGAGAGAGAGAGAGCUGGCUAGCUGCCUGGUUCUUGUGUUAAAAAUGUGACUUAAUAAUAAAUGCGUUAAGCGCGAUAAUAACGCGCUAACUUGCCCAGCACUAAUAUAUAUAAAAAGAUUAUAAAUGCUAAUAGGUGAGAAGUAAUAAUGAAAAGGUGAUAGUUGUGAGUCAGUGUAAAAUAAAGUGUGAAAGUCCUUAAUUAACACUGAACUCUCCCGUUACGGAGGAGCCGUUUAUGGGAUGUCUUCCUGUCGUCAUGGGGACUACAUGUGACAGAAGCUGUUUUUAUUGUUUCAUCUCAGUAAAGUUUGAGUUCCUUCAGUCUGCAUGUCCUCAGUGCUGAAUCAUCAUCACUCCCAUGAUUCAUAGCUGCCACACUGUGAUCUGACCCGUAGCUUCCUCACUGUUUCCCGUUUUACUCCUGAACUAAAGUCAGGUGUUUGUCAGCGUUGGUUCUUUGUGACGUCAAGUUUUAUAUUCCCUGUUUGAAUAAAGACGUCACGUGUAACAAAGUCGACGUUGUUAUGCUCGUACGACUUGCUGUUUGAGAAGAAUUUAACCUUUUUCUCUGUUAAGGUGUUUAUGGCGACGUGAUGAGAGUCAAGAUUCUGUUCAACAAGAAGGAGAACGCUCUGGUUCAGAUGUCUGACUGCACUCAGGCUCAGCUCGCCAUGAGCCACCUGAGCGGACAGCAGCUCCACGGGAAGUCUCUGCGCAUCACGCCGUCCAAACACACCAGUGUCCAGCUUCCCCGUGAAGGCCACGAGGACCAAGGCUUGACCAAAGACUACAGCAACUCUCCCCUGCACCGCUUCAAGAAGCCCGGCUCCAAAAACUACUCCAACAUCUUCCCACCUUCUGCCACCUUGCACCUGUCCAACAUCCCCCCGUCUGUGGUUGAGGACGACCUCAAGAUGCUGUUUUCCACCUCAGGAGCCAUGGUCAAGGCCUUCAAGUUCUUCCAGAAGGACCACAAGAUGGCUCUGAUCCAGAUGGGCUCAGUGGAGGAGGCCAUCGAGUCCCUCAUCGAGUUCCACAACCACGACCUGGGAGAGAACCACCACCUGCGGGUCUCCUUCUCCAAGUCCUCCAUCUGAGCCUCAGACUUCCCUGGAUGGGGUCCACUACACUCCAAUCAUUCCUACCAGUCUGCAGGAGCCACCGGGAAGUCUGGUGUGAUGUUAACUUAUUUUUUAAAACUCAGUUUUAGGUUCUUUAAGAGGAUUAGGGUCAUUUGAAGAACCAUUUGGAGGAAGUCAGAAUUCUGGAGUUAAUCAGAAGUCGGGAAGUAAAGUCGGUAUCAGAAGCCGUCAUUCUGAGCUCAUCGUCGGGAUUUGGACUGUUGUUGCGUUCGUGUAUUCGUGUCCUUCUUGUUUUGAAGUUGUUACCUUUUAGCCACUCUUGCCUUUCGACUUUAAUCCUGGAUUCAAGGAUUAGUCAGCCUUCUAAAUUUAUUUCUCUGGAACGUGGACUAAAGUUAUUUUAAUCCCGAUUUUAUUCCCUCAGAAUUUUUUCUGUAAUCUCAGUUUUCCUGUGGUCCUGAUCCUCUUCUCUGAAGUUCCCCCCCCAGACCAGACUUAGUUUGAUCAGAUGAUCCUGUGCCUUAUUCCUGCAGUCACGACAACUCUGACGUGUUAAAAGUCAAAUGUCCCAUCAUGCCUGUAGGCAGAGAGCAGGUUUACAGUUGGUAAAGGUUUACUGUUGCUAAAGGUUUACACAUGUAUCUUUGUUUUAUUGGUGUUUUGUACUGCUGGUGACGAGCAUCAAACACGUGAACUCUUUCUUGUUUGCUGGUCUUUUGACCUCCGAUGCUCUGUUCUUUUCAUUUCUUUAUUUCCAUGUAUGCAAUCAUGUUUUAUUCAAAUCAAAUAUUGUAGCAAUAUUUUAAUCAUUCCUGAACCUUUGUUUCCGUGGUGUUGUGUUAGAUCUGUGAGCUCGUCUCUGAACGGUUUUAUUUAUUAGUUUGAUCCACUACAGCUGAAACCAAAAACGGCCUUUUAGAUGCAAACGAACCCGCCGGCCUCAGGUUCCUGGUUUAAAGGACUCAACGAGAGAUGGAAGAAGGUGAACUGGUUCAGGCUUUGGUGGGGUUUUACUGUGGGAAUGUUUUCAGUGUGACUUCAGUGUAACGUGGAGUGCCUUCAAGACAGACAUCGGGUAUUAAUUCCUCUCUACUCCGAGAUGUUAGAAGAAACCACACGGUGCUGUUUGGGUUAUCUGUGUCUUAAUAUUCUCACGUCGACAUUCCAGCUGCUCAGACUGAACUGAACGUGAUGCAUUCAAGACGCCUGGAAUGUUUAAAUGAGUCCAGAUUCAGGUUCUUCCUCCAGAAGUCCUGAAUCUGGACUUCUGGACCAGCAGAUGAAACCUGAGACAUUAGGACGUCUGUGGAUCAGAGUUGAUGUUAUUUCUGUCAAUAAUCAAACAUGUAUUUAGUAUAUAUGUAUUUGAUGAUGAUGAAGGCCAUGUUGAUGGGUAAAAGCUCUGGCUGUCUGUCCCGGUGUUUGAGUCUGUGAGGUCACAUCCAGCGGACCAAUGAAAACGCUUCUGCUGGAUGUAAAUAUUAGUUACACGAUGACAAAAUCCUGUUUUGUCCCAGGUGAUUUGAAUGCAUCACAGAUGUGGAGGCGGGACCAGCCGGUCAGCAGGAAGUGGAUGAACUUUGUAGCCCAGUUCUGUCUGUCAGCUGACUGGUGGUUUUAUAUCUGAUGUAUAUUUUGAUUCUGAGCCUUCGACUGUUUGUGUCACAAAAAACAACUAAACAGAUUAAAUCACUUUAUCUAAAAAGGUG